AUGGCACAAGGUCAUCGGCUCAAUAACCUACGCUAUCUAGGAAUGAUCUUCCACGACCGGAGAUCCGACUUUGAUGAGGUUACUGAUUACUUGGCAGAAUUCCCGGACUUUGAGAAAGACCUGCAAAUCAUCAAAACUCAAAAGUGUGUGGAGGUGGAUAUUGGUAAGCAGACCAUCACUGAAUACUACCAUGACUUGUUAUCAACCUUCCGACAGUCUUCCGACCGGCCAAGUAACAUCAUGUCUCGAAUUUAUGCCCAAAAUUACCAGGAACUUUACUUGAAACGAAGGAUGAUACAUGAAUGGUGA